AUCUCUUGGUUCUAUAUGAGUCCACCUGGCAGCAAUCAGUUAAUGCCAUCCAGUGUCAGGUGGUUAUUCAAUUUUCAUUCACCCAUUGGGUAGCAGAUUCUUAAAGGGCCUGAUCAGAAUUUUCCUGCCAGUAAGAAAACCUACUCCUCAUUGGGAUGUAAGCCUUGUAUUUCCGGUACUCACUAAGCCUCCUUUUGAGCCAUUAGGUUAGACAUGGAACACGUAGCUAUCAAUGAAAGUUGCAUUCCUUGUGGCCAUCACCUUAGCCGGAAGGGUGGGUGAGCUGGGAGUCCUAGUGGUGGGUGUGGUACACACUAUAUUUGAUAAGGACCAAGUCUCUUUACAACUACAUCCAAAGUUCCUCCCCCAAAGAAGUUUCGGAGUGUCACAUGAAUCAGUCAGUCCAUGAAUCUGUUUUUUCUGAAUCUGCAUGCAUCUGAAGAAGAGCAGAAACUUCAUUCUCUCAAUGUAUGACACGCUCUUACCUUCUAUUUGCAAAGGACAAAACAAAUUAGAAAAUGACCUGCAUUGUUUCUCAUUAUAGCAGAAUGAGUCUGAGUUCAAACUAGAUCCUCCCAGAGGAGUGGAUUUCAGGAGGAAUCCUUGAGUGGAUUUCAGGCUGUAUCCUGUUGUUACUAGUUGCAUCUUCCUCCUGAUGGGGUGAGAGCUCAUUCUACAAGAACGCAAGCAAUUUCAGUGGCCUUGCUUCAGGAAGUGCCCUAACUUGACAUUUGCAAAUCAGCUCCUUGGAGUUCCAUCCAUAUGUUUGUGAGGCCUGAUGCUCUAGUGCAGACCUUCCCACUGACGCUUCCUUUGGGACAGCGGUUCUCCAAACAGCUCUGCUGCCUGCAUCUUCACACCUCCCCCUGCUUGAUUACUGUUUGUCAGUCACCCACAGUGGAAUGCACUGAGGGACCAGCACUCAGAGGCGGUUACUUACCUUAUAGUAACUGGAGGUUCUUCAGGAUGUGUGGUCCAUAUCUAUUCUGCUGUCUGCCCUCCCCUGCUUUGCUUCAGCUCUUUACUGGAUUUGCAGUAGAAAAAGAACCAGAGAGGCAGGCAGACUGCGCCGCCCUUUAAGCCUUUGGUUGGAAGCGCAAGAAAGGCAAGGGCAUGGGCAAGGACUGCUGGCAAGAAUUCACCAACUCUAGACACAUGGCACGCAUGCAUAACCACCGUGGAAUACUGAUAGGACCAACACAUCUCCAGUUACUGUAAAGUAAGUAACCUCCUCUUUUGUCCCAAAGCAUAUUGCUUGUAGAAGCCCUUUGGGGGUUUUGUGUGUGUUGCUGUGCACCCAAUAAUCCCACUGGAGUAAAUGGGAGCUGUGGGUAUGGGGAACCUCUGAAAAUCAGUCCAUUUUUUUUACAUGACUAAAUAUGAAUUUAACUGUUGGCAGUGAAGUUAAAAUAAAUUCUGGCCUUUGCCUUUAAAAUACCACUCAUUUUUGCAUAACUAUAAGUUAAGAGGUGUUAUCUUGAGGAUGCAUUAUGCUGUCAGCCUUCCCAUGUAAAAUGCAGAAUCAUCUGAGUCCUCACUUGUCUGCUGUAUGCUUACUUGAUGCCUCUACAACGGCUGCUUUGCCUCUAAGGCACUUCAGCAAGGAUGUUGGUUUUUCGUUUAGCUGUAAUCAUCCAUCUUUUCCUUCAGCUGAAUGCAUCCGUUUGCCCUAAGAAAUGCGAGUGUAUUCUGAAAGAUGCCAUCCGUUGCUCUGAUCCCAGUAUCAAAGACCUGGCAUCGUUAGGUCUGCCUACCAACAUGACACAAAUUCUGAUAACAAAUACUAAGGCAACAGACUUGAAGGACAAAGUCUUUUCCGGAAUGACAGUGCUACAGCGUCUCAUUCUGUCUUCAAACCAGCUUUCCCUAAUUUUGCCAGGAGCUUUUAAAGGCUUAGUAAAGCUAAAGACCCUCAAACUGUUUGACAACAAGUUAACUCAGCUUCCCACAGGAGUGUUCGAUGAAAUGAUGGACCUUCAGCAGUUGAUCCUUGAAAAUAAUUUGCUGAAAGAUAUUGAGCGCAGCCUGUUUGACAAACUAGUCAACUUGCAGGAGCUGUUUUUGAACAAAAACCAUCUGACAGAGUUUCCUGAAGGAAUGCUAAGAAACCUCGCCAAGCUUAAACUACUGAACUUAUCCAGAAACUAUUUGGCAGCCUUGCCUAGAAAUAUAUUUAGCACAUUAACCAAACUUGAGAAGCUUGCUCUGUAUAUGAACAGGCUCAGUUCAAUAGACUCUGGUGUGUUUGAUAACCUGAGAGAGCUGCAGGAGCUGCUUCUGCAUUCAAAUGAUAUUCAGUCCAUUGCCCCAGGCACAUUUCACAAUCUCCUUAAACUAAAAAGUUUAACUCUCUCUCAAAAUAAGUUGCAGUUUUUAUCUCAUGGGCUCUUUCUGCAUUUGCACGAUUUGACUAAAUUGACCUUGUAUGGGAAUCCACUGGGAUCCCUUCCAGAAAUAUUGUUUGGAGAAAUGAAGAUUCUCCGGAGUCUGUGGGUAUAUGACACCAAACUCUCAACGGUGCCAGAUUUUGUGUUCGGUAAUUUGACAAAUUUAGAGCUACUUGUGCUGACUUUCAAUCCUGAGUUAAGUGUUCUCCCAAGGAACGUGUUCAGUGGUCUAAAUGAACUUCUUACUUUGUCUCUGCAUACAAAUAAUCUCUCUAGUCUCCCGGAGGGCAUCUUCCAGGAUCUGCAGAAACUUCAGGAGAUUUCCCUUUUCAAUAACAGGAUUGAGGUUCUUCCUAAAAACCUCUUUUAUAAUCUCAAUAAUCUUCAGGCAAUUUAUCUAAAUUGUACCAGCCUGCAGUCUCUUCCUGGAGACUUCUUUACCUCUUUACCGAAGCUGCAAGAGGUUGUGCUUGACAACAAUCCUUGGAAAUGUGAUUGUCAAAUUGCUGAAUUCAAAGGGUGGCUCCAGAGGAAUUUAGACAUAGUAAAAAAUGUCACGUUCCUAACUUGUGACAAUCCCGUAGCAUUAAGGAAUAUUUCUCUCUUGUCUCUACCAGAUGAUCAUUUUCACUGCCCCUCUACCACAGCCCUUCCACACCACACACUUGAGAGCUCCAUGGGUUCCCACACUUCAUCUUUUCUUGUCACUGAACACUUGCCUUUUACUUGGAAGACCCCCACAACUUCUGUGUCUGUGACACAUACGAACACCCCCUCGCUACCUCUGUCUGCAGCUCCAUAUCUUACUGAUUCCACCACUGAAGACGUUGGGCCGUCUGAAUUUCACCCCACAGAAAUUCCAACCCAAACUCCCACCGGCAUAAUGAGAGAAAUCAAUAGAGUAAGAGAAAUUGUUUCAACCACUGCCACACCGGUCAGUGGAUCACAAGACCGUCUAAGUGCUCGGCCAUUUUUUAAAUUUAAAGUUCCAUAUAGUCAAAUAUUUUUGUGUAUCUAUGUUUUGGCUGUAAUAGUCCAAGUUUUAACUAUUGUGACCACUUUGUAUGUGCUGUAUGAAGUCAGGCGGCUUGUGCACUGUAGCAAUAGCCCUGCUCAAUCCAUUGUACUGGUGAGAAUUUUACAUAGGGUUAGGAAUGCAGAUUAGGAGCUCAGUACUCAUGUAACAUAGAGGGUUAAUUGCAUUACUGGGCACAGGCCUCAUAUUUCCGACAUUACGGAUGUCAUUCAAAGUAUUGUGUUGUAGAUCUUGCAUAGAGAGCACUGUAAACAGAAGACUGUGUUUGUAUCUCAGCUGCACAGCAUUGUACAUUGAAAAUGUACUUUAUGUACUGUGUAUUUUAUAGCAUUUACCUACAGUAAUAACCCCAGCUUUAGCCAGUUUUCUAGCUUUUGAAGUGCGAUAGGCCGUGGCAAGCAAACGAGUUAUAGCGAUUGGAUAUAGAGUUUGGCCAUCAUACUUAACCUAUUAAUACUGCUGUAGAGAAACAGACUAAUGUAAUCAUAAGGAUUUUUCAAUUUGUGCAUUUUGAAUAGCUUUUGGUUUCACCUGUUUGAAGGAUAAUUCUGUACCCUCAAUUACAUGUAUUAUUUUGGUGGUUUUAAAAGAGAGGCUCCAGAUCAAACAGAAGUUAUGGGCUUGAAGCAGGAAUAGCUGGGUGAGGUUCUUGACCUGUGUGAUGCAGACGUGCUGGAAGUAGGGUGAUGGGGAUGCGGCAGCAACCCAUGGCUUGCAGAAAUAAUAGCAACCAAUGUGUGGUUUCCAUCACAGACAGGGUUUACAAUUUGGUUCAAUGGCUCUCCGCACCUCCACUAUACAAUUGUUCCCCUCGCAGGAGAUCAGACUAGAUUAUCAUAUGGCCCUGCCUGGCCUUCAAAUUGUGUGUGUUUGGAAAGGACUAAACUGCAUGGUUAGAAAAUCCGUCUCCUCACUGGGCUUGCAAACAGCACCUUAGAUUGCUAAAGAUGAAAAAUUUGUAAAACCUAACGGUGUUCAUCACUUCCACAGUGUGUUCACUUUUAUUGGACAUUACUCUGCUUGGACAAUGGAAAAUAAACAAGUCACUUUC